AUGGCACCAAAAGCCGAAAAGAAACCUGCAACCGCCGGAAAAGCACCAGCAUCAAAAGCUCCUGCUGAAAAGAAAGACAGCAAGAAACCAGUUGCCACCGGUGAUAAAACCAAAAAGAAACGAAAG